AUGGUCACUCGAAGAAGUAUUAAGGCCGACCCUAACCAAAUAAAGGCUGUUAAAGAUUUGCACCCACCAAGGACAAUCAAGGAAGGAAAAAGUCGACGCAGCUUUGAGUGGACCUCGGAUUGUGACUCCGCUUUGGCCGAACUCAAAGAAUACUUAAACUCGGCCCCGCUAUUGGUGAAACCCAAGGAGUUCGAAACUUUAUAUCUUUAUCUCGCCAUGUCCGCCCACGCAACUAGUUCUGCACUUGUAUGGCGGGAAGGCACCGAUGACAUGCCAAUCUACUUCACAAGCAAAACACUCUUUCCAGCUCAAACUCAUUACCUACCACUUGAAAAGUUAGCCCUUCCUCUCAUUUCAGCGGCUAGGAAACUCCUACCCUACUUCCAAUCGCACCCCAUCGUCGUCUUAACAGAACACACCCUCAAGAGCCUCUUUCGAAAAGCUGAUCUAUCUAACAGGGUUCGUGCUAACUUUAUUGCUGAGCUUAUUCCGGAAGAUACUGAACUUCUCAACACACCAAUCCCAACACAAACCAUCACCGAGCAUCAAUUGUCGCCGAAACCUUGGCACCUUUUCCAAGGUGACAUCUGGCGUCUACAUGUUGACGGAGCAUCUAACAGCAACGGAGCAGGGGCCGGGGUCAUCUUAGUCUCCCCCUGUAGAACACUACACGAAAGCGCUAUCAGCAUCGAAUUCCUCGCCACCAAUAACGAAACUGAAUAUGAAGCCCUCCUAGCUGGCUUACGCUCUGCAGUUGCGAUGGAAAUCUCCAACCUUGUCGUUUACUGUGACUCCCAACUCAUAGUUAACCAAGUACUGGGAGACUAUGAGGCCCGGGAUCCGCGGAUGUCAAAAUACCAGGCAACCGUAGCCGAACUAAUCCCCCACUUCCACAAUUUCAAAAUCGAACAGAUCAACCGCGAACACAAUGCGCACGCCGACGCACUCGCUGGCCUUGCCUCGGCUUCUAAAGCCUCCGAAUUUCGGACAAUCAGCUUUGGCAACAUCGACCACCCGAGCUUUGAUGCCACUCCAAAGGUUCUCAAUGUUGAACUCGGCCCAAGCUGGAUGGACGAGAUCAUUGUGUUUCUCAAACAUGAUACUCUACUGGCAGACAAGAAGGAAGCUUAUCGCAUCAGGAACAAAGCCGCUUACUACUGGCUCUCUGAAAGCGGCCAACUCUACAGGAAAUCUAUCUCCGGCCCAUAUCUCCUCGUGGUCCACCCAACCCAAGUUCCCGAGAUUCUCGCCGAACUUCACUCAGGGAGUUGUGGCUGCCACUCCAGCAGCCGUUCACUUUGCCAACGAGCAUUGAGUCACGGAUACUUUUGGAAGAACAUGAAGAAAGACUGUGAAAACACAGUUCGCAAAUGCCGACCAUGCCAACUUUUUUCUCCCAUACCAAAGCAACCUGCCCAGAACCUCUCCCCUAUCACCAGUCCUUGGCCCUUUGCACAAUGGGGGCUCAAUAUUGUCGGAAAACUGCCAACAGCUCCAGGAGGAUUCAAGUUCCUAAUCACCGCAACAGACUACUUCUCAAAAUGGGUAGAGGUCGAGCCUCUUGUGACAAUCACAGAUGCUGACGUUCGCAAAUUUGUCUAG